CGGAUGUGCGUCAUCACCGCGAGCCGGAUGUCGCUGGUGGCGCGACUCCCACCUUAGGGUAGUGGCGGUGCAGGAGCGAGUGGCGGGUGCGGAGCGGAGUGGCCGCUCCCCGGCCCCGGGGGCGAGGAGAGGUUGAAACUACACAUUUAGUUCUAAAUCUGCGGCAAUGGGUAGAACUUACUUUGUUGAGGAAGCCGUCGGGCAGUAUCUUUCAGACCUCAGCACAAAAUUGAGGCCCUAUGUCACUGGCUUGUUAAUAGGGCAGUGUUCUGCACAAAGAGACUACGUAAUUCGGGCUGUUCGAACGCCUCCAAAGGAAGAGCAGAAGGAAGACAGCAUCGCUCCUUCGAAACUGGCGUCUGUUGAUGAAGAAUGGAUAACUACACACGCCAGUCAGGUUUCUAGAAUGCUUCCUGGAGGCUUAUUAGUUCUUGGUGUAUUUAUUAUUGCAACUCCAGAACUGUCCAAAGAGAGUCAGAAUGCUUUGCGCAAGCUAAUCUUCUCAGUGGAAAAGUCCUUGACUAAAAGGCGACUCUGGAAACCCGCGGAGGAGGAGGUCUCGGACAGAGCAGCUCUUCAAAUUUGUUCUGCUACAAAAAAAGUAGUUUGCCGAACCUAUGAUGUACAAGAUCCAAAGAGUUCAGCUAAACCAGCAGACUGGAAAUAUCAGAGUGCUCUCUCUGCUUCCUGGUUAGCUUUGGACUGCACAGUAAAUGUUAAUAUUCACAUUCCACUUCUUGCUACUUCACCAAACCAUGACCUGGAAAAGAACACCAAGAAUGGAUUAAAUAGAUGGUCAAAACAAAUAGAAGACAGUGUUUUUCUGAUCAAUGGACAAGUGAAGGACGGUGACGCAGAACUGCUGGAAGGGCAUAAAAAGUUGAAAGGAAACACUCAACCCAGCACUCAGUUUUCUGAUGUCAAAAUUCUGACGCAAUUGUCCCAGGGUUCAAGUCCUAGAUCAACAGCUACAGUCCAGGUCUGCAGCGGUUCCAUAAAUCUCAGAGGUGCGGUGAAAUGCAAAGCCUACGUACAUAACAACAAACCCAAAGUUAAAGAAGCCGUUCAGGCUUUGAAAAGAGACGUAAUAAACACAUUGAGUGAUCGGUGUGAAAUACUGUUCGAAGAUCUGAUCAUAAAUGAAGGACCUCACAAAAAAAAUUUUCAGAGGGAAUAUCAUGUCUUACCUCAGAGACUGUUUGUCCCUGUCGCUGGAUCCAGUGUGAUGCUCAGUGAUUAUAAGUUUGGUGAUGAGGCCGCUGGAGAAAUUCAGGAACGUUUUGUUGAGAUGUUGGAUCAGUCUGUGCAGGCUGAAGACAUCCACGUAGCAGAGGAGAUGAACACAGUUGAUAUUUGUCCAGUUACUGACAAUGUGGAUAACACACCGCAGAAACAACUGACAAAAGCAACAUUGCUGCUGAAACUUCAACAAAAUGUGGGUGUGGUAAUAGCAGCUGCUGUUGCUGUCUUUGCAUCGAUCUUCUCUUUCAAUUACUUCAGUGAUUAAACUCAAGCAACUGGAGCUUCCUGGAAGUAUUGGCCAGUUACAAGGUGGAAACAUCUGGGUUUGAUAUAUUAAUGAUUAAGAACUGUUGCCUAAAUAUCACCAAUUAGAUGUGCAAUAUAAAUUGUAAUGAUAGGCUCGGUUACCUUCUUCCAGCAUGCACUUACUGUAUCAAGUAGAAUCACAAGGCUACAGUAUCAAGUAUUCUUCUCCUGGUGUGUUUUUCAGACUAUUGGGAAGACUAGAGUAGUUACCUGGUAUGACAGUUCUUGCUUUAAGGGUUCCUUUGCUAAGAGAAAUCUCAUUCCAUUAAAGUUAUUUGGGGAAAAAUUAAGAUUUAACAAAUCCAACGGUUCAACGUAUGCGUUGUUUUAGGUCAUGCUGAUUAGCUAGCAUAGUAGGUAUACAAAUAGUUUCUAGUGGUUUCAAGGUGAGACCAAUUUAGCGUGUAAAUAUAAUACCUGGAGAACUCGGAACUCAAUAAGAUGCAUAGAAAUUUAGGGAUGUGUAUUUGCCACCUCUUACUCAGUGACUCUUGAGGAUUUCUGUGUCCAGCUCCAAUUCAAUCAUCGCUCUCUUGGGACGUUGUCUUUUUCAGCAACAGUUACACCUAGGCAGCCCAUGAGAUCAUCUUGUAACUACAUGCAAGUUGUCAAAAUUGUUUGCUAAUCAGGAUUUUCAGACUGUAAACAGAUAGCUUUCCGUUAUGAGAUGUUCUCCUGGGCAUACUGGGUGAUAACAUUGCUGUUUACUUGCCGUGAGGAGAGCGGAAGAGGAGAAGAAUUCUAGUCAUUCAUAUACGCAAUGUGAUGUUUACUUGGAUCUGAACUACAAUAGAAAAUAAUUCCAGAUUUUAGGGCAUUUUAAUGCCGCUGCGUAUUUCUUUUUUGUAUAAAGGCACCGGAACUCUAAGGAAAAAUAGAAGCACGUCAGUUCUAAAGCAUAAUCAAGGAUGUACUGGGAUACUUUUAAUAAAAGGCGACUAUGGGAAAGAAAUCUCA